UGUUAAUAAAGUUGUUUCAGAAGAUGCGCCGCCCCACGUGUCGCGCUGGGGCUGAUGAGGUGGCUGCUGACAUGGCGGACCCGGGGAAGGCGGAGGGGGCUCAGCGCGGUGUCCCUCUCCUCCUCCCCGGGCCCCCCAUGUCCCUGCUGCUGGUGGGGCUGGGGCUGCUGAUGCUGGCCGGGCAGGCGGCGGCUCUGAUCGAGGGCCUGUACUGCGGCCGCCAGGUGUGCUAUGAUGUGCUGGGGGUGAGCAGGGAUGCCAGCAAGGCGGACAUAGCCCGGGCUUACCGGCAGCUCGCCAGGAAGUACCACCCGGACCGGUACCGGCCCGGAGAGCAGAGCGAGGAGGCCAGCGAGAAAUUCAUCCUGGUGGCCACGGCCUAUGAGACCCUAAAGGUGAGACUGGGACCGGUGAUGGGGAGUGUGAAGCCGUCAUCAUCACAUCCUGGGGUGCCACGUCUCCUAUUAUGCCCAUCCAGCAUAGCCGGCAAAGCAGCAUGGGUAGCGUUGUCUGCAACAGAGGCUGUGCAGAAAGGGUUCACUUACAGCCCUCUGACAGAUGGGAGACAAAGGGAUGGAGGGAGCUGUGCCCAUAUACAACGUAACAGGGUCAUUCACUAAAGUGAGAAUUCAAAGCGAAUGUUUCCAGUAUGGCUAUUUGGACCUUAUAUUUGAAAUUCACUUUAAAUUGUCACUUUUGUGAAUAACCCUGCAUGUUUUUUUUUCGUUUAGAACAGUGUCUUCUAUUUGCAGGGUGCAAUGGAAUGUUGGCAAUGUUUGUGUGUUGUUGGGAUCCAGUUUAUGGAAUGUAUUGGACUAGGGUGGUACAUCUGUGACAUUCCAGGUUUGGUUGACUAUGUUUCACUUGUUGCUUGCAACACCUGUAUUUUUUCAUAAAUGUUAUUCACUAUUGGCAUUUUCCAGUCAAGCUAACCCUGGCAUUCCAGAUGUUUAUGAGCUUCUUUUGCUGGAUGCGUUGCAAAAUACAUGGGCAUCUUAUUUGAAAGCAUCUGGAGUACCAGGGUUAGACAUUACUGUUCUGAAACUUUAGAGUGGUGAAAGAACUAAUGUGUUUACUCAAUACCUGCCAGAGUUGCGAUUGCUAAUGACCAGCAUGCGUGGAGUGCACUAAAUCUAAACUGUGGAAAAAUCUUAAUAUAAAGUUCAUUUAUGAGGUUUUUAUAUUUUAAAGUUAUUCCUUCAAUUAGUCAGUAUGUUGUAAUCUAUUAGCAUUCUGUCUAUAUCUAGAGAACGUAUUUCUCUAAAAAAGUUAGAGAAACACUCUGUGUUCAAUAACUUAAUCAGAAUUAAAGGGACACUGUAGGCACCCAGACCACUUCAGCUCAUUGAAGUAGUCUGGAUGCUGUGUCCCUUUUGCACCUAAUGCUGCAAUGUAAAACACUGCAGUUCCAGAGAACUGCAAUGUUUACAUUGCAUCUCUAAGUCUGCCUUCAGUGGCUGUCUACUUCCACGCUUCCGGAAUAGUAACGGACCAAAAGUCACGCUCUGCAUGAGGACCUUCAGCGUCAUAUUUUUCCCCAUAGGAGAGCAUUGAUUCAGUGCUUUCCUAUGGGGAGGUCAAAUGCGCAUGCAGCAUUUGCCGCACAUGUGCAUUAGACCCCGCUUGUCAUGGGACGGAGGAGGGGACAGAGCUUCAAAACCAGAGCGGAGUGACAUCGGAGCUGGGAUAAGGCGAGUAAAGUUUUUUUUGUUUUUUUUUUACCCUUUAGUUACCAGGGGUAGGUGGGGGGGUGGAUACAGAGGGAUCUGUAGUGCCAGGAAUACAGCUUUGUAUUCCUGGCACUACCGUAUUCCUUUAAACUGUUAUGGUGACAAGAGGUUUCUGGUGCUUACUUACCUUAAGGGAUAAACUGUUCAUAAAUGGUUUAACCCCAAAGUCUGUGAUCCAGCGCAAGAUCACUUUGCCACACGUGCUAUUACUUUCUCAAAAUCUUUAGAACAGAAGGCUCGGUCAGGGGAUCCACUAAUUGGUGGAGAGCAUUUAGCUGACACUCUCUAAGACAAUAAGUAGCUCCCCAUUUAUAUUUAAAAAAAAAAAAAAAAAAAAAGAUAUGUCUCAGCAGCUCCCCUGCCAGACGCUGGCAUAGCCUUCUGUUCUGAAGGUCUUGAGAAAGCAGAAAGACAGGGCACAGAGUGAUCUAGCACUGGAGCAUAGACUUUGAGGUUAAAAGUUCAUUAAAUGUUUAACCCCUAAAGGUAAGCCAGCACUAGGGACCUCCUGGUACUAUAACAACUUAAUUUAAAUGAAAUUAUGGUACAUUGAAUGUUCCUUUGAUCAACAUUUGUCUAUACAGAACUGUUGUGCUUCCUACACUUCCGAGUAUAAGUGAAUUCAGUGGAUUUAUUUUGUAUUUUAUUACCACACCUCAUCUCUUUUUAGGCCACCCUCUUUCUUUACUUUCCCAUUUCCUUUGAUGCUAUGGUAUCACAGAUUGUACAAACUUACAUGAGAUCACAUUCCUUCAGCUAAUUAGAUCCUACACAGGCUAUAACAGGCUCUUUCUUUAGAUUUAACAAAAAUCCAUAUUUUCCAUCAAAGCACCAAUGAAUGUAUGCCAUAAGAAAAAGGAUAGUACACCGAUAGUACUUAGGAGCAGGUGUGCUUUUGUGUGUACAGUUGGUAUUUGUAUAUAAUGUUAGCGGUUUGAUACACGGGUGUGUUUGAAUGUGAUGUUUGCAUUUGCGUGCAGGGGUGUGCUUGGACGUAGUGUUAGAUUUUAAAUGCAGAUGUACUUUUGUGUGUAGUAUUAGUGUUUGAGUGAAUGGUGUGUUUGUAUAUAAAUUUGAAAUUUUAAUCCAAGGGUUUUUGUAUGUAAUGUUUGUGUUUGCAGGAGUGUGUUUGCACGUUGUCUGUGUUUGAGUGCUGGGAUGUAUGCACAUAUAAUUGCUAUAGAUACAUACAAACAUACAUACAUACACAGACACAAAGAUACAGACCUUGAAACACAGAUACACUCAGACACACAUACUUUUUGACAGACACAUAAAAACACAUAUACAUUCUCACUGACAAGCAUGCAUACACGCUCACUGACACACAUACAAACUCCUUAACAGACACGCACACUAUUAAUUUAUUUAUUUUAAAUUUCACUCCACCCAGCCUCCCUACCUUUGGGAGUGCUGGCAUGGAGUCUCUAUUUCUUUGGGAUCCAGUGGAGCUGCUGGGCUGAGUGUCUGGCAUGCGGUCCCUGGGGUCCAUUGGGGCUGCUGGGCUGAGCGGCUGGCAUGCGGUCCCUGGGGUCCAGUGGGGCUGCUGGGUUGAGUGGCUGGCAUGCGGUCCCUGGGGUCCAGUGGGGCUGCUGGGCCGAGCGGCUGGCAUGCGGUCCCUGGGGUCCACUGGGGCUGCUGGGCUGAACGGCUGGCAUGCGGUCCCUGGGGUCCAGUGGGGCUGCUGGGCUGAACGGCUGGCAUGCGGAUGGCGAGGGAGCAGAGAUCCCUCAUGCUCCUCUUAGUGGGGCCCGAGUAAUGUCAUAUUCCGUCUCCGGCAACACUGCGGUGCGCGCGAGGGAGCUGAGCAGGGGAGAGUGGUCCCUUGCCGUCCGCCUCAAUUAUCAGCGGCACCCGACCAGGCCAAAUCGAGGCUGCCAUUUUUGUUUUUGUUUUCUCGCAAAACACCAAUUGGGAAAUGCUGGUAUAAAGUAUCAAUCUGAGAGAAUUUGUGCAGAUGGGUAAUUUUGUAUUUUUGGUGCAUUAUAUUAAUGAGCAUAUUUAGACAAAUAUUUCAGAAGAUUGAAUUGUUUUACCCAUAUACAUUUGCUAUAAUGAAGCAGGCUAACAGGGUUAUUCAUUAAAACUCACAUUUCAGGGAACAAUAGCUCAAUUGGGCUACUUUGGCCUAAAAUUUGAAAUUUACCUUGCAUUCCAAGCCAUUCACAUUUUAAGUUAUCUCUGGAUGUGUUCAUAUGCAAGGAUAUUGUUUUGAUUUGAGAAAUAAUUAAAUGUCACACUGGUCUGUAUCUUUGCAGUGGUCUCAGCUUAUCACUAGCUCCCCAUUCAUAAAACUGAAUGAUGGCAGUACAAUCCAUUUUCUUUUUAUUAAAUUAGUUUUUUUUAAAUGUUUUUUUUACCCCUUAAUGUAAGAUUGCACUAGAGAACAUUUGGCACCAUAACAACUUCAUAUUAAUUAAGGUGUUAUGGUGCCUGAAAUAUUGCCUAUAAGAAGCCUAUCGGGUAGGUAAUGGGUAAAAUCUCAUCAGUAGGUGGUCUUUUUUUAUUUACUUUGCACUAAUAGGACACAUAGGGGAUUAUUGUAGGGGUUGAUGGUGUGAUGGGGAUGCAGUAUUGUAGAUUUCAACAGCCAUUACAAUUCUUAUGUUGAAAUUACUCUCAUAGAGACAGAAUUGACUUGUGAUAGAGAGAAUGUAUUUGAAGAUUCCAACCCCAUACAUUGAUUGAAGGGGGAAUUAGUUAUCCUUUUUGGUCCUACAUAAAAUUCUAGAAAGUAGAAGCCUAGUCAGCUCUCUCAACGAAUAGAGAUCUGUAGGAAGUGAUCUAUUGUUUACCUGAGUUUAUGUGCUGUGAAUUUAUAGAAUAUAUGGAGUUGUUUAGAUGGCUUCUUAAAGAUUUGCAAAAAAAAAGUAAUGAUGUUCCAGGCACUCAAGUUCAAUCCAGUGGGCAGAUUUAUUGCAGCAAAAUCAAAACAAGCUUGACAAAGACCCUGUUGUGGGUCGAAACGAACUUGAGUGUCUGAACCAUCAUUACUUUUUUGCAAAUCACAUUGUGAGAAUUGGCCAACCUCAUGCCCGGUUGCACCCUGGGAUCCAGGAGAGUGCGGUAUCCAUAUAGGUAAUUAUAUUGAUGCUUCUUAUAGAUUGACUGUUUAUCCUUCUAGUGCAAGUUGAAACACUACAGAUUGCUACGGCCUAUACUAUUCGUUACUAAAUAUUGCCGUGCAUUGGUUACUUUUUAGACAGCCAUAAUCGAUACAGAUAUAACCGUGCUGUUUUGCUAGCCUUUAACUGAUGGUGAUUUUACUUAAUACUUUGAUUUUUGAGGCAGUAAUAUCUGACUCAUGCUCCACUUUACUACACCCUUUAGGUAUUUAGGACACGUUUUUAGGAAUCUGAUCUCAAAAUGUAUAAAAGUAGGAUUAUGUUGUUAUGUUGCUAUCUUAGCAUUCAGAACAGUUGUCUCUCAAAUAAAUAAUUUGUCCCACUCUAUUAUCAAUUAUUGUUUUUUGUAUUUUGUUUUUGAUGGGUUUUUUUUUAUGUUCCUUGCCUUUUGUGGUAUAAUUUGAUUAAAGAUAUGGUUAACCCUAAUUAUCAAUUAUUAGGUGGUCUGUAGAAGGAAAUUAAUUACAUGCCUUCAUUCUUACAUUUUUAUUUAUUUUCUUUCUCCCUGGUUUCCAUCCAAAUUACUGUAGCCAUUGUCAUAAGUCCUAACAAUGUAAGUAGCCUGGUGUGUUGAGAAACUUGUAUAAUCUUUAAAAGUACCCAGGAUGACUACACUAUACAUUCAUAUUAAACAUUUCAUACAAUGGAUACUUAUGCAGUUUAUUUUCUCACUUUAACUCACUUUAAUUUUAGUGUAAACAAGAAAUGCAGGACACUAUUUCUGCCUCCUAAAACCCAUAAUUUAUUUAGAUAAACAUACUUUUUAUUUCAUCAUUUAUCAGGAUGAAGACACACGUAAGGAUUAUGACUACAUGUUGGAUCACCCAGAAGAACACUACAGGCAUUACUAUCAUUACUACAGUAGGCGGCUGGCACCGAAGGUGGAUGUGAGGCUUGUCGUUCUAGUUACAGUGUGUGCCAUCUCACUGUUUCAGGUAUGAUGGGAAUACUUGGUUUAUUGUAUCAAGAGAGUUGGCAAAGAACAAACAAAUAUAGAACUCUUUCCUUAAAGGAACAUUAUAGGGCCAGAAACACAAAUGUGUGUUCAUUACCCUAUAGUGUUAAAACCACCAUCUGGCCCACUUAAGUAUUGUAAAAUCUUACGUGUGUUCAAGUCUUCAGCUGUUGCCUCUGUCCCUGGUCUGCAUGCUUGGCUGACAUCAUCAGAAGUGAUGGCCUGAGCCAAUCACAAUGCUUCCCCAUAGAAUUGGCUGAGACUGUCAAGGAGGCAGAUCAGGGGCAGAGGCAGCACAAGCCAAACACAGCCCUGGCCAAUCAGCAUUUCUUCAUAGAGAUGCAUUGAAUCAAUGCAUUUCUAUGUGGGAAAUUUCAGUGUCUCAAUGCUGUUGGUGGAGACACUGAAUGGCAGUGUGCAGCACUGCCCCAGGAAGCACCUCUAGUAGCCAUCUGAGGAGUGACCAGUGGAGCUAUCACUAGGCUGUAAUGUAAACACUGUGUUUUCUCUGAAAAGAUAGUAUUUACUGCACAAAGCCUGACGAGAAUGAUUCUACUCACCAGAACAAAUACAAGAAGCUGUAGUUGUUCUGGUGACUAUAGUGUCCCUUUUUAUUUUUUGUUUGUUUUUCUUGCAUUAAUCUCUAGCUUGGGGGAACUGAGUUUUUCUCCCCUUGGCAAUAUUAAAUGCUUUACUUGGUAUAGUAUAGGUAAGUAAUAUAAACUGAAUUAUCCUUUAAAGGUCAUGUAGUGAUUAUGCCAUGAAGGCUCUAACAACCUCACUAUUCUAAAUAGUCAAAUCAUUUUAGAAUGGUUUGACUUCUUACCUGGGGUCCAUUGGGCAUCACUCCCCAACUUUAUUCACUGGUGUGGAGAGCCAGAAGCUCUGUAAGCGGAGUAGGGCUUGGCUUACUGGCUGAGAGCAAUCAUUGCAGGGCUUAGUUCAGGACAGCCAACAGAAGCUCCUUAGGAACUUACAGUUCUUCAAAAGAAGUAGUAGAGGAUGAAAAUGGCGCCCAGCAGUUCGUAAUUGGUUUGACUUCUUACUCACUAAAAUUCCAACCCAAUCAAGACAGAGACAAUGUAGGGACUACUUUGUCUCUGUAGUUCUCCUCCGCCUGACUUUAUGAGACUCUGGGCGGAGUCUGUGUUAAUCACAACAGCUGUCACCAUGAUGGCUGCAGGGAAUUGGCUCUGUGUAUGGAGGAUCCUUCACAGAUCAUAGAUCAUAGGUCUCAAUGCUUUACUCUUGUGCACGUGCUAGAGUACAGCAGUGACAUCGGAGCAGACCCGAGCAAGAUGGCCUCACCCGCGAGGGACAUGUUCAGGUAAGUAAAUCUCACCAUUACAUGCCUCUCCCCAACCCUCCAGUGGCAAUGUCACCAUUGGGGUCUUUGUGAAUUUGGCAAAGUUCACAGACUGUGCCACUUUAAACAUUGAAGAUGCACAUACAGUGUCUGAGAGAGAUUUCACAUCAACUCCUAUUUGUCAUUCAGCGUAUGCAUUUCCGCAAGGGUAGAACAAAUUAAAUUAAAGCACAGCCAAUUUACAAUUGCUAAAAUAGAUAGGUAAAAUACAUAAGAAGGGUUUCCUUUAACUGUUGCUGUUAAGAAAAUAGUUAUUCUUCCAGUGUCUUCAUUAAUUUAGCUGCAACAAUUAUUUGACUUGCAAGCUUCUGAUAACAAGACUCCUUGCCUCUGUCUCUCUGAAGUAGCAUAAUAUACUUAUCCAACUGUUAAACAAUCGUUUGACCAGUGAUAGUCAAAAUCUUCAACUUAUCGUCAUGAUUGCAUUAAGCCUUAAUGGUAUUGCUUUACAUGACACUCUUAUUUUUUUUCCUCCUCUUUGUUUCUUUACACUUCAGUUCUACAGCUGGUGGAGCAGCUAUAAUGAUGCUAUUAACUAUUUAGCAACCGUGCCAAAAUACAGAAUCCAAGCUGCUGAAAUUGCACGGCAGCAAGGGCUGCUCAACAAGGCUAAAGAAAAGGGAAAGAGCAGGCGGUCUAAAGAAGAAAUCCGGCAGGAGGAAGAGGAGAUAAUCAAGGACAUCAUAAAGAACAAAAUAGACAUCAAAGGGGGUUAUCAGAAGCCGCAGAUCUAUGAUAUCCUGUUUUUCCAAAUCAUUUUAUUUCCCUAUUAUCUAUUUAAGUAUAUAUCCUGGUAUGUCUGGUGGAUUUAUACUUUUAACAUAAAAAGAGAAGAAUAUGGUGAAACAGAAAAACUUUACCUCAUCCGGAAAAAUAUGAAGAUGUCAGAAGCUCAGUUUGACAGCUUGGAAGAUCAUCGGAAGGAGAAGUUUCUAGAGCAGCAGUUAUGGAUACGAGAAAACUUUGAGGUAAGGGAAGGAGUAGGUUAAAAAACCCAAGAGAAAGAUGGGAGCCUUCUGUCUUUUAUAUAAGAUGCAUGCAAUUAAAUAACAGAAGGGCUGAUUAGAAAUGCUACACAGUUUAUUCCUCACUGGUUAAAUAAAAUAAAUUGGCCUCAAAUUGCAGUCAGGUAAUUACUGUUUGGUUUCAUUGGACCCUUUGUUCUAGCCACAGUUCCUACCUGACAAACACAAUUUUUUUUUCUACAGGACAUGCAUUCUGUUACUUUAAAUUUCUGCAAGAGCAAACUACCGAAAUAUAUUCUAGUUGUUUGUUAAAUUGUAUUUUAAAAAAAGAAAACCUAAUUUCCUACCUUUUUGUAUAUGGCCAGAUCCUUCAGACAUAUACAUGCACCUUGGGUCAGAUAGUGUUUAAAACUCACCAGUUGGUCUAUAUAAGUGGUGCUCAAAAAGUAAAUCCUCAGAUGUUGUAAAAAUACAACUCCCAUGAUGCUUUGUAUGCCUUUAGAAUGGCAAAGCAUCAUGGAAGCUGCAGUUUUAAAACAUCUGGGGAUCUACCUUUUGGGCACCCCUGGUCUAAAUGAUCUUCCUGCUUCACUCUCUGAUUAGUGCAAUGACAUCAUGAGACUGACUGACUGUUUAAUACAAACAAUCUCUGACAAAAGGUGCAUGUAUAAAGCUUUAGGAUCCUGUCAUACACUAAAGAUAGGGAUGAUCUAAUUUUUACAUAAGUUUCAUUUAACAAAUCCAUUUCCUUUCCUUGAUGAAAGAAUCAUUAUAUUAAAAAUAGUUUUGAGGUGACAGUAAUUCUUUAAUUUAUGGUAGCAUUUUUAGAGUCAAAUUCAGCAACAUUUUAAUAAAGGAACACCAUCACAUUGCAAAUACAAACCUGUAUCUAGCUAUUUAGCCUUGCUGGCAUAUCUCUCAUAGCAGAUUGUAAGCCAAAAUGUCUGAAAUUUGAAAAUUAAUACAAUUCUGCAAAUUCAGCCUAACAUUUGUGGAUUUUCCAUAAUGGGCAGUUUAGUGAAUAACACCCAUAAUUGUCAUUUCUACUUAACAUUCAGGCCUUUCUCACUAUAAAUGUGUGUUUUUUUUGUUUUCUUUCAAAGAAAGAGGGAUCUUUUAAUUUCUUAUAGCCGUGAUGCUGGCAAAGCAUCAUGGGAGAUGUAGUCCACGUAAUCUGGAGUGCUGAAGCUUGCCUACCACUGUAGUCAAACAGCAGGUAUUUUUGGUGAGGAAAAAAUAGUUUGUGUUGGUUAAGUACCACAACAGGAAAUAUUCAAACCACUAUCUAAGGAGGCAUAUGCGAUCUUCCAUUAAGGCGUUAGUCCACAGAUUGUGUACCUCUACCAGAAGAUGAAUGUCACCCAUCUUCUUAAUUUAGGUAUCUGUGUUUUUGUAUUUAAUUUUUUUUCCCCAAUAGCAGCUUUAAUAUAUUGUUCUGUACAAGGAGUUGACACAUCUUGUACUAAACCUUAUUUGCAUUUUUAUUAAAAGUAAUGUGGCAUUGAAUAACCAACACUACCCACUCUAUAUACUUGGUUAUACUUGGUUUUUGUUUCCCUUGCGUUAGAGCAGCUUUUAAUGAAGUAUUCUAAAUGUGUUUUACCAGGUGUACAGGCAGGAGCAAGAAGAGGAAAUGAAGCAAAAAUUGGCAUCUGACCCCCGAUGGAAGAGGUAUCGAAGGUGGAUGAAGAAUGAGGGUCCUGGAAGGCUUACAUUUGUAGAUGACUAAAAUGCUAUGCUGCUAUGGUGCUAACCGAAGAGAUUAUUUUCAUAAAAUAAAUUAUAAGAAUUCUUUUUAUCUGCAAAGAAACUAAAACACAAGAACAAUUUAUCAAUACUUUGGUCUGUUUUUGUUUUGUUCCCCCUAUGACUUAUUCUGUGAAAGGCAGUCUGUCUUAUUUUAGAGUAAAAUAUAACACCUUUUGAAAUAGGUACAUAAUAUGAGUUUGAGAGAUUACAAAUUACACAGAGCCUUGGGGUUUAUAGAUUAGUAAGUAAAUCACUUUGUAUGUAUUCUCAGAGGGGAAUAAUUGCCAAGCAUUCCAUUCUUGGUGUGAAAAGGAAGCAACUUAAUUUCUGCAGUUUAGAUUUCUAUUAAAAAGGCUUCUUAAAUUAUAAUGUUCCCUUCACUCUAACUUUUAUAUAAUCAAACUAUUUUUGUAACAGAUAUUUUUAUAUAUCUAGUCAUAUAGUAUUUUAUUGCCUCACUUUUUAACAAAAGUUUAUUAACUCUAUCAACACACAUCUUAUUGUUAUUGGUGAAAUAUUCACUAAAUUCACAGAUCAAAUUUUUGUUAUACACUUCGUAAAUAUCCACACCUGUCUUUUUCUUCCCAAACAUUCUAAGAAUACAAAACUGAAUCCGUUAUGUGGUAAUUAGAAAGUGCACAAACGAAGUACUCGACCAUCUUUCUCUGAGGGCCGGAAGAUUGGCAAUGGAAAUCCUAACCUAGUUCUAUGUUUUGGCUCCUCUUGAAGACUGAACUGCUGGCCUUAAGGAAACUUUUUUAGACACCUGGAUUAAUCAUCGUACUUCAAAUUAACUUUCAGUCUCCCAAUUGAUUUUUAUACAUGUGUUAUUCAGGUAACUGGCAAAACAAAUAAUAAAAAAAAACAAAAAACUUUUAGAUAUUUCCACACUUGAUAACUUUUGUUUUAAUAAAGUUUUACUUUCUUAAAAAAAAGUAACCUGGGAUCCAGAAUUAAGGGAAUGUUGAAACAGUAAAACAAAGAACAAUGAUAUACUUAUCUCUCAAAAGAUAUUUUAACAUCUUAUUCCUUCAUAUUUCUCAUUAAGGGGACACUAUUGGCACCCAGACCACUUCAGCUCAUUGAAAUUGUCUGGGUGCAUAUUACCAAGUCCCUUAACCCUGCUGAGGUAGUUAUUGCAGGGUUUUUUGUUUUUUUAUAUAUUGCAAUAAUUAGCUUUGUGGGGUAAUGCCAUCGGUAGUAGCUGUCUACCAGACAGCCACUAUAGGGACUUACGGGUGUUUUGGUCGCCUAACUGAUGCUGGAUGUCGUGAGGAUAUUCUGUGUCACCAGAAUCCUCAUAAGAAAGCAUUGUAUGUAUAAUCAGACAUUGGUGCUGGACCCAGGUAGAUGACCGUGUUUUUAACCCCUUCUGCACCACAGGGGAAGGAGGUGGGCAUAUUAGUUUCCCUUUAAGUUGAAAUCUAGAAAAAUAUUGUUGUUGCCUUCAUAUCUCAAAUUGGAGUUUGGAAAGUAUCUGUUGAGCAAGGAAACAAUGAGAAUUCAUGUUUUCACAACUAUCCUAGAAUUCCCAGCUUGACAU